GUGUUACCAAGGAGGCGAGAGCAACGACAGGGAGAGGACGGAUAGGAAAAGCCUCUGCAUGCCUGCUGCAUCGACUUCAUUUGAGAGGCUUUUCCCCCUCGUGUGGUUUAUCCACCUCGAAUCAGUACAGUGGCGACGGCUGCAUUCAGGAUAAGACUCUCCUCCACCACCGGGCGGCGCUAUUGGGACCAAUGUCAUGGCCGUGGAUCUUUUCGUCUCAAAGCUCUCCUCGAAUGCAGGCAGCUCCAUGAUGGAUAUCUCUCCGGCUGCUACGUAGCCACGGAGUGGGAGGGACUGCCCGUCUUCCAGCAUUUCCAUUGGUUUUACAGUCCGCACGGCGGAGAGGGGGGGUGCCUCUAAUCAUAUCCAGCAUGUUUUGCACAAGAAAUGUCAGCCAGAAAGGGCUAUCUUCUCCCCUCGCCAAAAUACACCACAAUAAUGUCAUGUUCGGACAGCCCGUCAGGAAAUGCGUUUUUAGUGGAUUCUCUGAUCAGUGGCCGCACCGAGAGCGGCGGAGGUCACUACGCGGGGAGCGCGGUGUGCGUACCUCAUAGUGCCGCUUCAGAAGUGCCUUACGGACUACACAACUAUGGAUACUUCCCAGGUAUGGGUAAGCGGAGCGAUGUGGGUCCCCAAAACAUGGUUUCUGCCUCUGGCGCGUACAUGUCUGGUAUGGAGAUGUGGAUGGACGCGCAGAGGUCAUGUCGACUGGACCAAGAGCACCCGGUGGGUCCCCAGGUCGCGCCCUGCUCGUUCCCGCAGAAUAUUAAGGAAGAGAGCACCUAUUGCCUGUAUGAGCAGCCCAAGUGUCCUAAAGCCUCCACCGCUGAAGAUCUUACAUAUUCGAGGUUAACGACAGCCGGCCUCGGCUCGAGUUCUUGUACAGUUACCGAUGGCGGCGGCGGGGGCUCAGUGCCUGUGCCGGGCUACUUCCGCUUGUCUCAGACGCACGCACAUUCUCAUAAACUUUACAACACCAACGGCCCCCAGCCGAACCCUUCCCAUUCUCAUUUUGGCCUACACCCCAUUGCUCCUGCUCGCUUCCACACGCCACCAACCUCGACUGCUGCUCCAGCCACGGCGCAAGAAGGGAGGAACACCGAGGAGCCCGUGUCCUCGGGAAACGCAGACCUGCAGUCUCACGCUGCACCGGGGACCGACGAGGCACGCGAGUCCUCGGAUGCAGAAGCCUCCUCAGCUGACGAGACAGAAGAGCAUGACAAAGACAGACCAGCAAAGACAACUAAAGGAGACGCAAAAAGUGAAAACACGGCCAACUGGCUGACAGCAAAAAGCGGCCGGAAGAAACGCUGUCCAUACACCAAGCAUCAGACACUGGAGCUGGAGAAGGAGUUCCUCUUCAACAUGUACCUGACCCGAGAGCGCCGCCUAGAGAUCAGUAAAAGCGUCCACCUGACGGACAGACAGGUUAAAAUCUGGUUCCAGAACCGCAGGAUGAAACUGAAGAAAAUGACGCGGGAAAACAGGAUCCGGGAGCUCACCUCCAACUACGGAUUUUCAUGAUGAACAAGGUGAUCACAUUGAAAUAGAAGAUAACUGGUGAAAUCAAUGACACCCACCCACCCUCCUCCAGCCCCCCCCCCACCUCUCCCUUCCUCACCACAUAAUGACUCAUUUCACUGUGGGGUACAACUUUCCUUUAUUUCCAGACACGCUUAAAGUCGAUGCAUCGUCCUCUGCGAGCUACUGAGAAUCAGAAAGAGGAAAAAUGAAUGUCAUGAGUUCUAUUCGGUUGUUUUCUGAUGUUGUGUUUUUGUAUUGUCGACCUGUUUCUGUCACUUAUGUCGUAUGGUUGGAUAUUGUCGUCGGUGGAGUUAAAUUAACGCAUUUUUUUUUUUUAGAAAACACAUUGUGCCCUGGAAGGAGGCUCAAAUUACCCACUUUUCCCUCGAAACGCUGGCAAAAAAUUAUUCUCCAAAUUUAGCCAAAAAAUGUAAUUUUAUUUUAAUUGGAACUGCAUGAUAUAAAGAUUUCGUGCAUUAUUUUACGCAAUUAUAAACCACUCUGGAAUAUAAUGCCCAUGUAUCACCAAGGGAAAAAUAAUUCACCUUUGACCAUUAGAUGUAGUCUUCCAUGAUAUAGGCCUAUUCUAUGUAUGAGCUAAAUGUAUGAAUUGAAUCUUUAAUCACGUUGAGGACGUUUACACGAAAAACGGUGUGCAAAGUGAAGUAGGAAUGUUUUUACUGUAUAUUUCUGUGUACAUAUGACAUUGUGAUUUUGUGUAAUGCUUAAUAAAUUAUCAGCUCGCAUUGAGGAGUAGCUGCUUGUA